AUGCAGAUUAAUUGUCCUUUUUUGUUAGAUGCCAUUUCACAAAACUUGGCCUCAAGCAAGAAGCGAAAAAGACAGGAGGAGAAGGGGACAUAUGAGCAGUACCAACAGGAGCAGAAAAGAAGGCAAAGAAUUAAGAGGGUGAGGUUCUCUGUCAUGUUAUUAAAAACUUUUGAAUCAAAAUUUUGAGUAUUCAAAUGGUAAUUGUUUUAAUUGACCAAGAAGGUAUACUGUACAUCCUUCGCUGUUAGGACUGGAGUAGAGGGGAGUAAAGUUUGUAAUAUUAUACGGCUUCUAUUUGCAAGUGUGUGAUGUGUGUUUCUUUCUAUGUAAUUCAUUUUCCAAAAGAUUAACUGAUUGUUACCCUAGUAGUCAUAAGCUGUUUCAGAGUCCUAACCGACCGCAACUACAUAAGUUUAAGAGCAACAACUAACAUCAUUAUCUCUCGCUCAGUGUUAAUUUUUUACAACAGUGUUGGGGUUCAGAUAAUCAGUAUAAAAGUAGCUUUUGAGUUGCCAUGUGAUGUUUUAUGCAAAAAAUUAGCUGAAUUACUGAGUUUUUUUUUUCUCUCUCUCUCUCUCUUUUGUAUGUAGAAGCUUGAUAAAAGACUGAAAGCCGUCACUGAGGAGGAAAGGGAUGGUGACCUGUUUUCAGCCCUUCAUGUAAGCCUUGUGUCUUCAGAUGAGUGUUACCCGGAAGAUAAUUCCUUGAGAACCAGGCCUCUGUCUUGGAGAACAGAGAAUGUGAACAACUUUUUAAACUUUUGGAUGGAAAAGCAAAGGCAGCAAUGA